UUUCUCACGUUCUCCCAAAGAAACCCUAGUCGCCGGGCGGAAUCCCAGCUCAGCGCCGCGCCCCCCAGUGCCCCGUAUUCACACUCGAACUGCGAAUGGGGUGGGGGAUGCGGAGUAGGGGGGCCCAGGAGCUGUCCUAAUGAGAGGGACACUUGCACCCGCGGACUCGCCGGCGGCGCCUGUGACGUCUCCCGGGGGUAGUGUGGUUUCCAACUUUCGGGACAGUUCCGAGCUGAGCUGUCCCCCAGGAGGGGCGUGGACUGAGGGAGGUUUUAAAGAGCGUCUCAUCAGAAUGCAGAGGACACCGCCGCGCGUCCCCUGAGAACGGGAGUUUACUGUGUGCCUUCAUUCAUCCGGGAGUCAAUCUUUUCUCUUCUCAGCAGGUGUUAUCUGAAGCCGGUCUGGAACUUUAGAUCGUUGCUACUUUGCCGGCGGGAGUAGGAUGUGGUGAAAGGAUGGGGCUUUUCCCUUUCGGGGAUCACAAUGGCCAGAGAAGAUUCCGUGAAGUGCCUGCGCUGCCUUCUCUACGCCCUCAAUCUGCUCUUUUGGUUAAUGUCCAUCAGUGUGUUGGCCGUUUCUGCUUGGAUGAGGGACUACCUAAAUAAUGUUCUGACUUUAACUGCAGAAACAAGGGUAGAGGAGGCUGUCAUCUUGACUUAUUUUCCUGUCGUUCAUCCAGUCAUGAUUGCUGUUUGCUGUUUCCUUAUCAUUGUGGGGAUGUUAGGAUACUGUGGAACAGUGAAAAGAAAUCUGUUGCUUCUUGCAUGGUACUUUGGAAGUUUGCUUGUCAUUUUCUGUGUAGAACUGGCUUGUGGUGUUUGGACAUAUGAGCAGGAAAUUAUGGUCCCAGUUCAGUGGUCAGACAUGGUCACUUUGAAAGCCAGAAUGACAAAUUAUGGCUUACCUAGAUACCGAUGGCUUACUCACGCUUGGAAUUUUUUCCAGAGAGAGUUUAAGUGCUGUGGAGUGGUGUACUUCACUGACUGGCUGGAAAUGACAGAGAUGGACUGGCCCCCGGAUUCCUGUUGUGUUAGGGAAUUCCCAGGAUGUUCCAAACAGGCCCACCAGGAAGAUCUCAGCGACCUUUAUCAAGAGGGUUGUGGGAAGAAAAUGUAUUCCUUCUUGAGAGGAACCAAACAACUGCAGGUGCUAAGGUUUCUGGGAAUCUCCAUCGGAGUGACACAAAUCUUGGCCAUGAUUCUCACCAUUACUCUUCUCUGGGCUCUCUAUUAUGAUAGAAGGGAGCCUGGGACAGACCAAAUGAUGUCCCUGAAGAAUGACACGACUCAGCACCUGUCAUGUCACUCAGUAGAACUGUUGAAACCAAGCCUCUCGAGGAUCUUUGAACACACGUCUAUGGCAAACAGCUUUACUGCACACUUUGAGAUGGAGGAAUUAUAGAGAAUGUCAAAGAAGGAAACCAGAAAUUUAUUUUAUUGGACUUGUGAAUUUUUGAGCACACACUUAUCUGUUUCAGAAAUGUGUAGAAAUAAAAAUGUUGCCAUAGGGGCGCCUGGGUGGCACAGCGGUUAAGCGUCUGCCUUUGGCUCAGGGCGUGAUCCUGGCGUUAUGGGAUCGAAGCCCCACAUCAGGCUCUUCUGCAGUGAGC